AGGCUCCCAAACGAGAGAUAGAGAGCAGAGCGAUAGAGAGCCAGCAGAAGUUCUUGUGUGGUUUACGGGGUGGUUUAUUAUUUAGUAAAUUAUCAAUGAGGGAUGUUAAAUUCGAUUAGAUAUAACCUGAGACAGAUGAAGGAGUCAUGUAGGUCACUCUCUAUUAGAUACCAAAUUCCUAGUGCCUUCCUUGCUGGAAUACACUAGGAAUAGAAACUAAAAUUUUGCUGUCGAUCCCUUUAUUUUUGAAACAGUAGUUUCUGUUCAACGGACUGCCGAUUGCUGGUCAAAAUAUCUACUUCGGUGAACGAUGUAUACAUGUAUUGUAGCUAAUAAAAUAAUCAGAAAGAUGACCUUUCAAUCGAAUCGCGUGUGGAAAAUGACAAGAUUUUCCUCUCAAAAUGUAGUUUUGUUAUAUAAUUUUCAAUAAUUGAGAUCUUAGCAAUUUCAGGUUUCUAUAUUACGAUUUAGUUGGAAGAGAAAUUCCGAGAAACACCCGAAAAGGUGGUUGACAUGAGCAGGAAACAAGGAUGAUGUCACUUUUUGUUAUUAUGGUGAUCUGGCUGAUGGCAAUCAAUUCUUUUCGGAUGACUGUCGAGUCUUCGUCAAUUUAUGGCGACAAGAACGUUGGCCAAUUGAACCGCGCUCAUUUGAAAUUCGCAGUUAGUCAUUUGCCGCCAUUUGACAUUCUUACCUUAAAACCUGACGGAAAUUACACCAAUAGCGGCAUCAGUCCAAUUCUUUUCAACUGGUUAACCGAAAAGCUCAAUUUCACGAUUUCUUUUUAUUAUAUUCCCGACGAAAUGACUAAAGCUAAAUAUGGUACCAAGAGUGAUUUGGCAAUUGUUCUCGAUCUCUUUACUGAUCACGUAGUUGACGGGUCAACUAUGGGAGUGAUCAGAACACCGGAGAGGAAAAAAGUGGCGGAUUUCGCAUACUUUAUGUGGACGGAGCCUUUUACUAUGGUGGUACCUGUGCCGGGAGAAGAACCGCGUCUCUUUGCCUUCAUUAAACCAUUUCAAAAUUCGGUAUGGCUCCUCAUUUUAAUUGCCAUGAUCGUCCUGGUGGUCUUGUUGAGUCUGUUCUCCGGUGCUUAUUUGAAAUACUUCACAAGGAGCGACAGCGAUAAUCCUAGCGCAGAUGAUAUGACGAUGUUGGGGCGUGUCAGCUCUUACUCAAUCUACGUCAUCAACAUUCUCACAAAUCAAGGAAAUAUGGUGCCCGGCGGACGCUUCUCGUUCCGGAUCCUUGUCGGGGUGUGGCUUUUGAUCGCUACGGUUUUAGUCAAUAGCUAUUCUGGCACCGUCAUUUCCUACCUGACCGUCCCCAAAAUGAAGCCGCCCAUCAACACUUUCGAAGACCUGGCCAUUAGUGAGGACGUUGAACUGAUUUUACUGGCAGAUAACGUCAUCACAAUGCAAAUUAUGGGUGCCCAUUCAGGUACAUUGAAAAUUUUGGCCGACAAGAUGCGGCGCAAUCCAGACAACAUUUUAAGGAACAUCCAGAAAAUCAGUGAAAGUUUGACAACUAGCCGUUAUGCUUUCCCAUUUUUAAAAACAUUUUGCAACAGCUUUGUCGCCAGCGUUUACAUCAAGGAAAAGAAGUGCCUGUUCAAAGCCACUGAACCUCUACCCUUUCUGGCUGGAUUCUGGUCUCUGCCUUUUCCAAAGAACAGCAAGUACACGCCGUUCUUUCAUUCUGCUCUGAUGGAACUCUGGGAAACCGGGCUCCCACCGUUCUGGGUUAAAAAUGGCAUGCCAAGAGCCCCGAAAUGUUUCGCUAAAAGGAAAUCGGGAGAGAAUUCAGCCAGACAAGGUGCCAUUCGAUUGGAUGAUCUAUCCGGCGCUUUCUUGAUUUUGGGCAUCGGAUUUGGCCUGGCAACUUUGGCUUUUCUCCUGGAGAAAAUGUUCGGUUUCAACGACCGACGGGUGACGUCGACGACUGUUGUUUACGUUUAUCGAAACGCAACUUUGUAGUGUUGCUGGUCUUUUAUCACCCGCCGUUCUAUCAAUUAAUGUAUGGCCGUCUAUAUAGAGAAUGAUUAUUUGUUCAAUACUUCUCUCUGAAGUUUGAUUUGGUGGAAUUACUGUUUAAAUAUAAUUUGAUUUGAUGUGAUCGCAAAUAAAACGUACGUACGCCCA